AUGGGUCACGGGGCACAGGAAGCGCCGCGCAAGGCGACGCGCGAGGAGAUGCGCGAUGCCAACCUCCCGAUCCAGUACCGAGACAGCUGCGCGCACCUCCUGAUACCCCUCAACCGCUGCCGAUCGGCCACCUACUACCUGCCAUGGAAGUGCGAGGACGAGAGGCACAGCUACGAAAAGUGCCAGUACGACGAGUUCAAGCUCCGGGUGGCCAAGAUGGACGAGCUACGGGCGGCCAAGGGCGGCGUCAGGAGCAACUGA